AAAAUUGUCAGUUGAUUUCAAACAAUUCGUGAAACCAUUGACAUCAAAAUUCGUUUUCCUUUUAACCAAAAAUGAAUUCAAAAGUAUUACUAUGUAUGGCCUCGUUGUGCCUACUUUCGUGCUUGGGUGAAGCUGUGCCUGAAGAUCCAACCCAAGCAGCAUCAAUCUACGAAUUCACUGUGAAGGACACCUACCAUAAUGACGUUUCAUUGGAGACGUUCAAGGGAAAAGUGGUGCUUGUGGUUAACAUUGCCUCAAAUUGCGGUCUUGCCAGAAACCAAUACGCAAAAAUGAUGGAAUUGAGAAACAAAUACCACGACCAAGGGUUGAGAAUACUAGCUUUCCCAAGCAACCAAUUUGCUGGUCAAAUGCCCGAGGCUGAUGGUGACGAAAUCAUGAAACAUUUGAAAGAUUUCAACAUGGAAUUCGAUUUGGUCAUGGCUAAAGGUGAUGUGAAUGGCAAAUCAACAAUCCCAUUGUACGUGUACUUGAAACACAAGCAAACUGGAAUUGCAGGCUCUUUCAUUAAAUGGAACUUUACCAAAUUCCUUGUCGACAAAAAUGGACAACCCGUUCACCGUUACGCUCCAACCACAAAUCCAAUGGACAUUGCUGAGAAAAUCGAAGAACUUCUGGCAUAAAGAAAUAAAUUCUUUUGAAGAAAAAUAAUAUGUAUUUUACCCAUAAUUUUAUCCAGAGAGUAUAUUAAAGAAUAAAUUGAAAUGUUUGUGAUCAAGAUCUCGGUCCAAGCUAUUAAUCCAAA